UAUUUUAUUUUUUUUUUAGAGAACUACCAAAAUCCAAGUGCCAUCUUCUCUGGAACGACUACGAGCAAAAACAACGAACUCUCUCUCUGAAAUUCCGAUCUUUGUUUCAUCUGAAAAUGCGAGCUCUCCAAUUCGAAUCUGAGCCGUCCAUUUCAGGGUUUUGUCUCUGAAUCCAAUCUGCCCCCACAGCAAUGGCGACGAACCUUCGAGAACACUUCAACAAGCCGGUCAACUCGCCGAUCCCGAGCCACCCAGCUACAAUCGGCGGUCAAGAUCAGAGCUUGUCCGUCGUCAUCUCGCCGGAGUGCCAUGGAUUCUGGUACGACGCCGUUCUAGUGGUUCCCGCAGUCGUUUUCGUGGUGUACUUGGCGUUUCAAGCCAAGAAGAACGUCAUCAAGCUCUCCAAUGGAAGAUCAUACAUCAUGAUAUCCUAUUAUGCCCUACUCUGGGUCGCCAGCCUUCUCAACCUCGCCUGGUGCGCUCUUCAGGCAUGGCAGUGCUCAGGUGGGAAGGAGGUUGCUUGGAAUGUGUUGUCAUUGUUUACGGGUUCUGCAAUGCUGGGAUUGGAGAUUAGCUUGGUGGGUUUCUUGCUCCAAGAGGAUUAUGCAAGUGGGGUUGAAGCUUUAGCUCAUACUUUCUUGGUCUCUGGGAUUGUUGUUGGUGUAGACAUACUGCUUAAGGUCAUCUAUGUAUUCGGGUUUGGGGUACCGCUGUUCACUGUUGGCAUUGGAAGUACAUAUGGAGUGAAAUGGGGCUUGUGGCUCAUCCACAAAUUAUUGCUUACUGCAGUUUAUGGCUUCAUAUUGUUUGUGCAUUUCUCAAAGUGGAGAGAGAAGUUACCUCCUAGACCAGCAUUCUACAACUACAUCGUCAUAAUGUUUGUACUAAGUGCUUUGGCAUCAUUUGGUUGCGGGCUUGCUGGAAUUGGAGCUGGUUUUGGAAUCUGGUUGUACAAUUUGACGGACAUAUGCUAUCACACUCUUUAUCUUCCGUUUCUGUACGUGAUUUUUCUAGCGGAUUUUUUCCAGGAAGAAAGUUUUCUCCUGGAGAAUGCGUAUUACUCAGAGAUGAAGGAUGCUGGGUUCUUUGAUGCCGAUUGGGAUUAGUCCGUCGGACCAUCAGUAACUUGUGAACGUGUAAAUUCAGCAGAAAGAAGGCUGGACCUUUUGUAUACUUUGUAAAUAAGUUGAACGGAUAAAUGUUGGAUUUUGUGAGUGAAAGUAGAUUGAGAGGUUCCCGUGUAAUAUGAUGGCUUAUUUUUAGCUACGCCCCUUGAAAGCUAAUAUCUCACUUUGCCUCUC